AUGUAUUUAAAUCCUUCUUCACUUAACGUUUUGUUUGUUCCCUUACUAACCAUUCUCAUCAUUUUCUUUCGUCGUCAUCAUAAUCCUUUUUCAUUUUUUUGUUCAUUUAUUUUUUUCUAUUUUCUUCUCUCAUUAAAUUUUCUUUCUGCAUUUCUUUCUUUCUUUUUUCAUCGUCUGCUCCUUUCAUCUUUUCUUUCAGCUAUUUUCCUUCUUUCAUCCGUUUGUUGCUCAACUCAUUCAUUUUUUAUCCAGCAUUUAUUUCUUUUUCUUUCUUUGUCGACUUUCACCCAUUUUCCUUCAUUUUUUGUUCGAUAUCUUUCUUUAAUAGAUUUUUUUCUUCGUUUUCUUUCAUUUAGAUUUCAUCACCUUACUCUUCUACUUUUAUUCCUUCAAUUAUUUUUAUUUUAUUCAUAUUUCUUUUUCUUCCAACGCCUUACCUUCUAUUAUUUAUUAAUGGAUAUUUUUGUUUAUUUAUUUCAUUUUGUCUAUUUUCUUUCAUUUUUCCUUCCUAUCUUCCCUUUUCUUAUUUCUACUUUCCUUCAUUUUUUCCUUCCUCGCCUACCUUUACUUCUUUCUGCUUUUCUUUCAUUUUCCUUCCUCGCCUUCCUUUCAUUCUUUCUGCUUUCUUCAUUUUUCCUUCCUCUCCUUCUUUCUACUUUCCUUCAUUUUCGUUUCUCUAUUCUUUUUCCCUUUUUUUUAUUUCAAUCUUUUGUCAUUCAUUUCUUUUACAUUCUGCUUUUUUUUCUUCUUUUUUUUCCAUCGCUUUGUUUAUUUUCUUUUAUGGCAUAUUUUCAUUCAUUUUUACCAUUUUUGUUUUUUAUUCUUUUUCUUUGUAUUCUAGUUCUUUUUUUUCAUUCAUUUUUUCUUUUCCUACUUUAUUUCUUUUGCACUAUUCCACCCACACCAAUUCUUCUACCUGCGAUUCAGCGAUUGCUCAAUAUUUCAACCUUGCUCUCCACGUUGUGCCAACUCGAAAUUCCUUCCCAGUUCCUUACUUUCCCGUUCUAUGCAAAUCCUUUCUCACACUCUGCUUUACUUGCCAUCAAACCAAUGGAUGUCAGACUGUGUUGGCCAUUACUCGCUUUUUCCCCAUCGCUUCCCUCGCAGGCUGUCUUCAGCAGCCUUGGUUCCCUUCACCAACCCACUCCUGUAAUCACCUCACCCCCCAUCCCCUCAUCCCGGCUUUCAGUCUUUUCAGUUCACCUUCUCUCUCUGAUCAAGUUGCGUUCUUUCUUUCUCCUUUUCUGCGUCCUCAUCCAAAAUGGCGUACUACAGUGGCUCCUAAGUGAGACAAAAAGCGAUAGCUAG